CAUGUUGGGAACAUUAGAAGGGAACCAACACCACAACCAGAAAGACGGGAACAUCUAGGUUCGGCAGCGGCGUGUCUUAACACCUUAACACCACCACCAUGGCUGACCCGGAGAAACAGCCCGAACAACCUAAGGCUGUCCAGCAAAAGCUGGUCAUCGCUAACAAAGUGACCGGGACUGUAAAGUGGUUUAACGUAAAGAGUGGAUACGGGUUCAUCAACAGAAAUGACACCAAGGAGGAUGUGUUUGUCCAUCAAUCGGCCAUUAUUAAGAAUAACCCGAGGAAGGCCGUGCGCAGCGUUGGCGACGGCGAGGUCGUCGAAUUUGACGUAGUAAUCGGCGAGAAAGGUCAUGAAGCAGCCAAUGUGACCGGGCCAUCAGGAGAAGCGGUUAAAGGUUCACCAUAUGCCGCAGACAAGCGAAGGGGAUAUCGUGGUUGUCACUGGAUAUAUCCUAGACGUGGAAAUGUUCGAUCACAGCGUAGACCGCGAGAAGGACAAGAAGGAUAUGAGUCCGUCGAUGGCAAAACUGGCGAGGAAGGUAUCCCCGGUGAUGGUGGGGGCCAACAACGUCGUUAUAGACCACGACGUAAUUACGAAGGUUACUAUAACCCGGUUACUCGACAUUCCGGACCUAAUCAACAGCAAGGUGAGAACGCUGGAGAAGGUGGUGAGCAAGGAGGUAAGGGCACCGGAGAAGGAGGUGCACCACGCGGUGGUGGACGUGGUCGUGGAGGCCCACCAAGACGCUUCUUCCGUCGAAAUUUCCGCGGAGGAAGAGGCGCCGGACCACCAAGACGUCCAAGAAACCAGGAUGGUCAGUCGGAGCAGAAGUUGGAUGCACCUAAAGAUAAGGAUGCACCUGCCGCUGCCCCUGCUCCACAGGAGAGUCAACCGGUGCAGAACACCACCACCGAGAGCACCGCUUAAGAAAGAUUAAAAUGCUAUCACCACAACAAAACACUCCUUUUAAUAAGUAACACCAACACCCGUUAUACACUGAAGCAACAGCAUAAUAACAUCAGCAGAAAAGCAGUUAAGCAGCAGCAGCAGCAGCAGCAGCAGCAGCAGCCGCAGCGGCAGCAGCAGCAGCAAUACAAGAAACAGCAGCAAUAAAAGCAACAGGAACAACAAAUAACAUAACAAAUAUUAAAAAAACAAAAAACCAAAAAAACCAAAAAAAAAAAUACAAAAAAAAGAAAAGAAAUCAGAAAACACGACUCCACACUCUCCCUACGAAAAGCAAAUUGAGGUAUGUAACGGCUAAUAAGAACGGCCCCCUGCCCUCCCUACAAAAAAAAGAAAAAAAAAACAAAAAAAAAAACAAAAAAAAACAAGCUUUUGACGAAAGAAAAUGUGUAGCGAAAGGCCGGAAUUAACGUGAGUGUCCCAAUGGAAAUUCUUCAUCUUAGAUAACCACUUACAUUAUUAUUAUUAUUAUUUUUUUUUUCUUUUUUUUUUUUUUUUUUUUUUUUUUGUGUUAUAUCUUUUUACUACCGCACAGUUUAUCUACUGUGUUUGAGACUCAACUCAAGGUUCGGAUUAUAAACUCAGGUUAAAGAAUUACUUUAUAAUAAUAAGCAAUAUCGUUAUCUACUUCGUGGUGUGGACAAAGAAAAAAAAAACCUUUGCUGGUGUUAUUGUUUUUGAAAAGGUAUAUCGAAAAAUAGGACGAGACGAUAUCGAGAAGAUGAACGAAUUGUGUGUUGAAGUUUGAAUGCCCCCCCCUCCCCCUUUCCCGUGAUUUUAUAAGAAUAAGAUCAUACAAUUGUGAUAAAAAUGAAAAUGAUAAAAGGAAUUCUUUGCGAAAUCAUUGAUUUAACGCCGCGACCAAUUGGAAGGAAAAAAAAAAAUAAAAUAAAAUAAAAUAAAAUAAAUGAAAUGAGAAAAAAGACGCAGGCGUAUACGAUGUAUAAAAGGAAAAGAAAGGAAGAAAGAAAGAAAAGAAAAAAAAAAAAUAAUAAAAUAAUUGAAUAAACAAAUAAGUAAAAAAAAAAAAAUAGAAAGAGAUAGAAAGAUGAAAAAGCGACUGAUUUGUCUGCAAUAAAAAGAGGGUUGAUUUUUGUUCUAGUUUUUGUAUUCGUUAUUUAACACGUUCUUUUUUUUUUUUUUCCUCUUCUUUUUUUUAAUUUUCUUCGGUUUUUCUCACGAAACUCAUUGAAACGUUUCUUGUACAAUAUCUUUUAUUUUUUUUUUUUUUGAGUUUGCUGAGAUUUUUCCCAUUUCUCUUCCUGAUGUUUGUAAAAAAAAAAAAGAAAAAAAAAUGGUCGUAGGUGUACACGAAGCCCGAUGACGCAAUAAUCUUAAUGAUUUAAAAAAAAAAAAAAAAAAAAAAAGAAAAAAGGAAAAAGAACAACAUAAUUGAAAUCUUAAAUAGCGAG